CUAUUUCACCUUUUACAUUGUUCUACCUUUUUCUACAGCAUUGCCUGAUUAACCAACUAUAAUAAUGGAUUCCCGUACAGUUAUUUCCCUUUUCCUGGUUAUCUAUGGGAUCUGCAUGCUCGCAGAGAAGACACAGGGGAGUUUUGCACAUUUUUACUCACACAGUGAUGUUUGCAAUAUGCAGGUGAUUCUAAUUAUAGCCGCAAUAUCUUCUGUUCUUUGCUGUAGUAUCUAAAAACUAUUGUCAUGCUUUAUUUACUACCAUGUCAAUAUUUAGUUAAAUAUAAGGAAAUAUAGAUUUGCUAAGUUGAUCAAUGGGGAAAUCAGUAAGAAAAUGCUAUUUAGAAUGUUAUAAUCUGCCAGGAUUGAAUGUCUGAUUGUAGCAUGCUCUGAAUAGAUUAAAUCAAGGGAAGGUGCUUGUCAAAAGGUACAAGAUGAACUUGAGAGGGGACAUGCUGUGCAGGUUGGCCAAAAAGUAGUGGAAAACCACCACAUGCUUUUUGCUUUCUCCCCAAAUACUCUCCAUAUUUCCCUUCUUCCUCAGGCAAUUCCUGACCACUCUCCUUAGUGACCUCCAUACAUCUCUACCAAGAUAUAUCAGUACUUAGGUCUCAAAAGCAGUCUGUUAUGGAUUCGAUUAUAGUAGUCCUGCUGUCCCUCCAAGCUGUGCUCAAUUUGUUCAUGACUUGAAGGUGUUCUUUAAAGGGACACUUUAGUCACCAAAAUAGCCUUAGUUUGAUGAAGCAUUUUUGUUGUAUCGAUCAUGCCUCUGAAGUCUCACUGCUCAGUUCCCUGCCAUUUAGGAGUUAAAUCACUGUUUAUGCAGCCCUAGUCAUACCUCCCUGCAUUUUACUUACACAACUUUCCUAAACACUUCCUGUAAAGAGUCAUUUAAUGUUAAUACCUUCUUUAUUGCAAAUCAUUUUUAAUUUAGAAUUCAUCUACCCUGCUGGAGCCUCCUGUAUGUAAUUAAAAUUCAAUUUACAGAGCAGGUGAUACACAUUUUUAUAGUAAGUUACAUCUGAUUAAAAUUGAAACCAAUUUUUUUUUUCUUAAAUGUUGUGUCAGUCACAGCUAGGGGAGGUGUGGCAAAGUCUGCAUAAACAAAAACAAACGUGAUUUCAUUCCUAAAUGGCAGUGAACUAAUCAGCGAGACUUCAGGAGCAUGAUCUAUACACAAACUGCUUUAUUUUGCUAAAGUUUUUUUAGUGACAAUAGUGUUCAUUCAAGGAAAAAAAUAUUUGAAUGCAUCAAAAAUAUACAGUGCCACACAGUGUAACUAAUUAAAGCAUUAAACUUUGAAUGCAACAUAUCAAAAAUCAAUAAGAAAAAGGCUAAAAAGAAAGAAAAGGUAAGAAGGAAAGAAGAGAGGGGGCGGGGUAUUUGGGAGGAGAUAGUAAAGAGAUGUUAUGGUCUAACCUCCCGCGUAAGUGUUACCCGAUUCAAUUCCUAAAUCUGGGAACUCAAAUGGAAUGGAAUUGUAUGGAAUUAUUAAACUUUAUUUAUUAUGCUAAUUAUUUACAUUGUUUAACUUUAAUCAUUAUUCUGUGGCAGCAACGCAGCAAGAACAGAGCAUGUAAGAAGCUUGUGCAGAGGUCUGAGGAAGGGGAUGUCAGAGGUGGAAGUAAUUCUAUGGAAGAAGGUGAUGUAGAGAACAAGGAAGUGAUAAAGGUGAGUGUUAUACAGUAUUCUUUGUCAUUUUGGUUCUUCCUGCACUGCAUGAACAAGAGAUAGGCUGGGACAGCAGCUAUACUUACUUAAAAAGUUUGAGCAAUUCACUCCCUUUUCCAUGUUUAUCAAUAUAGGAAUAACUUGCCAUAAUUUUUAAACCAGUUAUGUAAUUUCUGUUCCCCAUUUAAUGAAUUUCUACUCAGUCAUGUUUGGUGAAUUCUACUGUAAUGUAUUUUGGCCAGAUGACUCUGAAGUCUUUUCACUAAACAGAAGAAGGUUUGUGGUGAAUUGUGAACCGAUUUACAAAAAAUAUGCUGUAAUUGAUUUUUUUUUUCUCAGCUUGAUUACUUUUACCCCAGAUUUCAAAAGUCAAUUUUCAUAAAACAGCUUGGAAAAACAGACACUAUAGUCUACAGCAAAUGUUACUUGAUCUUUUGCAUUUAGUGUGCCCAUUGCAACACUGCCACCACCCACACAACCACCUAAGCCAGAUUCAAUAUGCCAAAGUGAGAGGUUAUACCUUUUCUUUUACUAUAUUGUGUAAUUUCACAGUCUAAAUUGAUCUUGCCCCUCUAUUAUCAAUAAUGCAUCACUAAAAUAAAUCCAUUUUAUUUUACCGAUAUAAACAGUGUAGCAAAAACAAAGGAAUUGUGAUAUUUGCAUUUCUUUACAAUGAAUGCAUAGCAAAAAAACAGCACCAAACUAGUGCCAGUGUGGCUUCUAAGAUGAAAGUUAUAUAGUAAAACGUCAGUAUGUAAGGAGUAUUAAGAAGGGAAUAUUGGAGUAGCAAUAUGUUUUAUCAAAUUUAAUGAAUAUGUCGGACACACUGGACAGUAGUUUGAGCUCUAUUGUUGUAGGAAUUACAAUGUUUCUCUCUUUACAUUUCUCUUUAUGAUUUUCUAACGCUGUUGCUGUUUGCUGUGUUAUUGUGAUCUGACAUCUGUCUUAUAACUUUUAAAUCUGUACUUUAAAUGCCUGAUAUUUAAAACUCACAUUUAUUUCAGUCUCCGUGCUUCUGUGAAGUCAUCAGUUAUUAUGACUUCGUACAAUCAAAGAAUAUUGAGAACAUAGGGUGCAUGUGCAGCAAUUGCUGCAUUCCUCCAAUCCAAUGCUUCUCAUACAAAUGCAUUAAAUCCAGUGUUUCUCAAUGUAUUAAGUAUUACGAGUGUUCAGGGUCAUCAUGCGGUGUGAUGGCACUGAAUGUUAAGACCUUUGAAGGAGAAAACGCCUCUAGUGACUGUUAGUCUGAACACAAAGUUUAAAAAUGGAAACUAUAAGCUUAAGGAAUGUUAACACCUUAAAGACACAUGACAGAAAUAUUCUGUCAUGAUUCCCUUUUAUUCCUGAAGUUGUGUCCUUAAGGGGUUAAGCUACAAAUUCUGCUCUCGAGAUUGGUUUUUCAAAUACAGCACUGAUAGUAGCCAAGCAAAAUGGGACAGAACAUAUAGACUUAAAUACAGUAAGUAUUAAAUGUUCUUUGUUAUUAUAGUAAAUACAGUUUUAAAAGACAUUAUAACAAAUGAAUAUGUGCCAAAGCAUAUAUGCCAAAGCAAUGCCUAAGCACCUUGAUGUCAAGUGGAUACCACUAAAAUGUAUCCUUGGCUUAAAUCCUUGUAAAUAGAAAUCGCUAAAAGGAGGGAGAGUUCAGAAAAUGGAGUACUUCCUCUGCAGGUGAAUCAAAAGCUCCUCUAGAAAAGCAAUGUAUGUAGAAAUAUGGAUACAUAGAUGUAAGAGAUUAAAAAAAAUAGACCAAGAAUUAACUCUUAAUAAUAAAGGAGAAAGGAAGAUUGUACAUAAAAAGAUUAAAAAGCCUCAGAUAGUAUAUUGCUAAUGCCAAAGUAAAGUAAAUCUAUGUAAGGAUAUAUAUACAAUGUUUCCCAAUUUGGCUUUAUUUCAGUAUCCAUGCCACAAGAAACAUUGUCACCAUGCCAUUGCCAUCCAGUACAAAGGUGGAAAAAAGCUUUAUAUAGAUACAUAGGAGGAGUACUAUAACAGCUGCUAAAUAAAAUAAAUGAGCAAACCUAGGUUCUAGCCCAUAAAAUCUCCUUAAAGAUAUAGUGUCGUAUUGUAUUUAGCAGCGGUUAAAUUAUUACCCCUAAGUAUCUAUAUUCUGAUUUUUUCCCCACCUUUGUAUUAUUUUACAUGAUAACAAUGUUUCUUGUGGCAUGGAUACUAAAAUAAAGCCAAAUUGGGAGACAGUGUAUAUAUUUUUGCAUAGGUUUACUUUACUGUGACAUUAGCAUGAUAUUAUUUGAGGUUUUUUAAUCUUUUACGUGCAAUCUUCCUUUCCAUAUAUCUACAUACAUUAUUGUAUUUUUAGAGGCGCUUUUGAUUCACUAGCAAAGGAUGAACUCUAUUUUUUGUACUCUCUGUCCUUUUAGUGAUUUUUAAAAGCCAUUAUAAGCCUUAUUACACAUUGUCAGCCCAUAUAAAUUCAAUAAAUUUACACUGAAGAUAAACACACAGAAAGACAUGGGGGUUUCAUUAUAGAGACUGCAUGAUUAUUCAACUUCAAACAGUAAACUAUAUAUUUUUAGGAAAUGUAUACAGUGAUGAAAUGCCUUAACACAGCUAAAAACAAAGCUCCCAAUAGUCCAAUAGUCCAAUUUGUGUGGGACAGUGUCGUUUCCCGGGUCCUGACCCGCUGUACCAACUUACUUCUGUAGUGUUUUAUUUUUUGGGACACCAGGGAACAGUUCCCAACAAUUAUAACAUGAGCACUAGGACCCUGCAGGGAGCAAUGAAAUAGUGCUCCCUGUAGGGUCUGCCCUCAGUGGGCCAGCUAAAAUGAUUGGCAGCGAGCCUGGUGUGUCUUCACAGCAGGUGGAAUGACCAGUAAUGUGUGUGAAUGUGCACCUUUUCCUGGUUGGUCUGCAUAUUCUGUGCAGGCCUACUUCAUUUUUACAUCACUGGCCUUCCCCCUUUUCCCUUCUUGAACUAGCGUCCCAAUUCUGUAAUUACCGAUGUUGGGAGGUAUGCUGGUGGAAUGUUACAGAAAACAUUAUGUUUUCCCAUAUGACAUUCAUUAGAGUUCGUCAAAUGUAUGCCACAUUAAAGCAAAGUCCACUUCCAAUAAUCAGCUAAAAAAAAAUUGAAACUUAUACACAGUGACAUGUGAAACAAUAAAUGUAAAUGUUGAAGUUAUUUAAAGUAGUCAUGGUGCCUGUAAUCUGUAUGCAUAUACCUAGUUUAACCCUUUGGCUGCAAGAAGUGCAACUUAAUAUCCAUCCGCUACAUGGGGGAGUUGUUAGUCAGACUAACAUCAAUUAUGUGCAAAUAUUUUUGCAUGGUGUGUCAUUUAUUGGCUCAGUAAGGGCAGUUGAUGCUCUUAGCUAAUGAAUGGUAACUGGAUCGCACUGCAGAAGCCAGAAGUUCGUCACCAGACAUGGAAGCAGCCUGUGAGCCUGGUGGGACCCAGGGAAGAGGGCAAACAAUUAAUAAAUGGUAUGCCCCAUUAACAGGGAACAAGGCCAAGGUACUGCGGAAAAUAUAACCAUCCCCAUUUUUCCUGAAUUUUAUUUUUAAACUCUUAUUUAUGAGCAUUGUAAGGACUACUGAAAAGUAUGUAUUAGAACAAAACAUAUGUUUGACAUGAUUAUUUCUGCAGUUUCCAUUCUCACAUAGGGAACUAAAAGAGUGGCCUAUGAGGACAAAUUUGCCCUCAUUAGGGCACUUGCCAAAGCUACUUAUUAUUGUAUGGCAGUCUGCUCAUCUAAAGAUACUCAUAUGAACAUUCCAGUCCAUACCUGGAGAGCAUUUAGCUUGUGUGAAACCAAUCCAAGCACAAACCCACACAGAGCUGAGAUAGCAAAUAGUAGGAUAGCACAUUCUGCUGGCUGCUUCACUCAUAUAGAAACAAAGAAACAUUGAAUGUGAUGGCAGAUAAGAACCGUUUGGCCCAUCUAGUCUGCCCAAUUUUCUAAAUACUUUCAUUAGUCCCUGGCCUUUUGUUAAGUCUAGGAUAGCCUUAUGCCUAUCCCAUACAUGCUUAAACUCCCUCACUGUGUUAACUUUACCACUUCAGCUGGAAGGCUAUUCCAUUCCUCCACUACCCUCUCUGUAAAGUAAUACUUCCUGAAAUUAUUUUUAAACCUUUGCCCCUCUAUUUAAGACUAUGUCCUCUUGUUGUGGUAGUUUUCUUCUUUUAAAUAUAGUCUCCUCCUUUACUGUGUUGAUUCCCUUUAUGUAUUUAAAUGUUUCUAUCAUAUCCUCUCUGUCUCGUCUUUCCUCCAAGCUUUAAAUGUUAAGAUCCUGUAACCUUUCCUGGUAAGUUUUAUUCUGCAAUCCAUUAAUCAGUUUAGUAGCCCUUCUCUGAACUCUCUCCAAAGUAUCAAUAUCCUUCUGAAGAUAUGGCCUCCAGUACUGUGUACAAUACUCCAAGUGAGGUCUUACCAGUGUUCUGUACAAUGGCAUGGGCACUACCCUCUUUCCACUGCUAAUACCUCUCCCUAUACAACCAAACAUUUUGCUAGCAUUUCCUGCUGUUCUAUUACAUUGCCUGCCUACCUUUAAGUCAUCACUCCUUCAACACUCUUCCACCAAACAGACAACACCUUCUAAUUUGUUCUAUAAAAGAAUGGUCUGAGACUUUUUGUUUUUGUUUUUUUGUCAGCACUUUUUAUUUUUUUUCUUCCUGAGCAUAUGCUUUAUCUGUGCUUUGAAUGAGGCUUCAGAAAGCGAGUUUAUUAUUUUAUUAAUUUUUUCAUAAAAUAAGGCAGAGAGAAUAUGCCGUUGACUCCAAAAUACAUCAGAAAGCUGGAAUGCUUCAGGAGGCUCCAGUGUACUUUUAACCAUUCAUAAUUUAUCUUGUUCCUUCUACUUACUACUGUUUUUGUUUUCUUUGUUUUUCUUUUCUUUUUUUUGUCAGCUCUUCUUUUUUUGUGAUGGGGAAAUGCACAUGUGUAGACCCCAAAAUGUGUAGACCCCAAAAUGGAAUCUUCAAAUAGCUUAAUUUGUCAUGUUUGUUUUUCCAAAUAGCUCACUGGAGUGAGGAUUUGUUUAUUUUUUAUUUAUUUUUUUUAAAUGCACUGAAUUACUGUUUGAAAUCUUUCUCCAGAUGAUGGCUCCUUUGGAGAUUGAUGUAAGACUGGAUUCCCGACAGAUUGAAAUUUAUCGAGAUAUUGUUGAGGGGAUAUUUGGCGAGGAAGAUCAACAGCCAUAAUAUUGUAGAACACCUUCUUCAAAAUAAUUAAAUUGUUAUAAAAUAAAGUAUUUGAUUUCUGUAAUAAAAUACAUUAUUGUGGGUAUAUUUUUGAGUCUUGGUUUCUAAAUAUUUGUGAAAUUAAAAGUGAAAUAUUUUU